UUCGGGCGCUCGAUUCCUGGUCUCGCCUCGCGCCGAUCUCACCUGUUGUUGAGGCAUGACGGCUUGCAAGCAGACCGCAUCCACGGGCAUCGAUGUAACCAUGGACGAGGCCGACAGCAACUCGGCAGCAAAGAGAGAUGGAGCGGAUGAGCGGAAGCCCUGGACCAAGUGCAGGAAGGGGAAGAAGGCCAAGGGCAAGUUGGCGGUGAAGAGCGAUGGAGCCGAGAAGCCCAAGACCCACGACCUUUCCGAUGUUACAUGCGGGUUGGCGUUGAUGAAUAUUAAAGUGGAUGACGUGUUCGUCCUGCGCACCUACCAGAACCACUUCUGGAUGAAGUACUCCAAACACAUCUGUGACAGGCCGUCCGUGGAUGCUAUUAGAAAGCAAGCUGCUGAAAAUUGGAAAUUCUUUACCGAUUCUGUAAAGAUUACCGUACAUGGAUGGAUCUGUGUUGCAGGACAAGGCCCCUUAUGUAGCCAAGGCCCGUGUGAACAAAAUAUCCCUGGCUCAGGUUGCUGAGUUUAAGAACAAAAUAUCCCUGGCUCAUGUUGCUGAGUUUAAGAAGAUACUGAUGUUGGCGGAGGCGAUGACAAAGAAGAAGGUGAAUCUGAAAUUGUGAACACACAAGAUCUCUAAGAUGUGUUUGAAUAGAAAUGUCUUGGUAGAUCGCACAAUUACUGCAACCAACUCCACAACCUCAUUCUGUAUGGGCCGGCAGUUGGAGGGUUCAGAAGAGGCGCAAUUCAAGCUGCCGUAUGGACAAUACUAGUAUUAAAUAUGUUUGUGCUCCUGGCUUUAGAUGUUGGAACUCUUUUGCAUAUUGUGUGAUGUUUACUUAGUAAUGUUGAACACCCGCUAAGUUUUUUCACUAUUAUAUAAACACUAUGAUCAUUGUGA